UUAUUUUACGACUCCAAUUUUAACAGUCUUUGAUUCUCAUUUGUCAAAUGGUCACAGGCUCAUUGGGGGAAAGAAAAGUCAAGAAUCAUUAAAACUUGUAAAUGGGGAUCCAACAUUAAAUUUUGGCAAUCGAGAAGAAAUAGAAAAGUAGGAUGGAUUUUGCUGGUGCAAGUUGAACGUGAAGAUUCAGACGACCAACUGACAAAGUGACAACUGCCCCCACCCCCUUUUUCUCUCUCUCUCUCUCCUCUCAUAUAUCAUUCAUCAUUUGAUUAACACUCCAAAAUUGGGAUUAAUCAUGACAAUCAAAUGAAAAACAACGGCAUCAAUUUAUUACACACAAACUCUUUCUCUCUCCUCUUUCCCUCUGUAGAUUCAGAUGGAUUCUCUCUCCUCUUAUUGGAUCUUCAUCGUUUUUCUUGCUUGCUUGCCAUUUUUCUCACCUGUGGAUGCUCGAACUGACCGUAAUUCCAUCAUCACUCCCAUCAAUCGUGAUCUCUAUCAUUCCAGUGUUGAUUUGAUGGAAGAGAUUGAGGCAUUGGUCCAUCGUCAUCCAAACAAGCUAAAUAUAGAAACAAUUGAAUCUGAAAACAGAGGAUAUCAAGCACAGGUAGCUGUCGUUACUUACUGCAGGGAUAGAAAGGAAGAUGACAAGUCAAAGUUUAGGAUUCUUCUUACUUUUGGGCAGCAUGGGAGAGAGCUCAUUACAUCUGAGCUUGCCUUGCGAAUCCUUUCAAUAUUGAGUGAAGAAGAAUUUCUGCCCAAAAUGGAUCGAAAGUCCUUGAACAACACACUCGACAAGCUUAUUGUUAAGGUUGUGCCUAUGGAAAAUAUUAAUGGUCGUAAACGAGUGGAGGAUGGAGAUCUUUGUGAAAGGAGAAAUGGAAGAGGAGUUGAUCUGAACCGCAACUGGAGUGUAGAUUGGGGAAAAAAGGAAAAGGAUUAUGAUCCUUAUGAAGAAAAUCCUGGAAGUGCUCCUUUUAGCGAGCCUGAGAGCCAAAUAAUGCGGAAACUUGCCUUGUCAUUUGAGCCACAUUUAUGGGUUAAUGUGCACUCUGGAAUGCAGGCUUUAUUCAUGCCAUAUGACCACAGAAAUACUACCCCAGAUGGAGCAUCUUCAGCUAAAAUGAAAGCCUUGGUCAAUGAUUUAAACUAUCGGCACUUCCAAGGUCGCUGCAUGACUGGUUCUGGGGGAGGCUCUGUUGGGUAUCUAGCACAUGGCACUGCGACGGAUUAUAUUUAUGAGAUUGCAAAAGUUCCCAUGGCUUUCACUUUCGAGAUCUAUGGAGAUGAAUCAGCUCCUUCAAAAGACUGCUUCAGAAUGUUCAACCCAACAGAUCUAACCACCUAUAAGAGAGUUCUUAAUGACUGGUCUGCUGCGUUCUUCACAAUUUUCAAGUUUGGACCACAACUGCUUGGCCUUGCUAAGUCGGAGGAAUCAAGUUAAAUCACCAAAUCUGGGUACCAUUAGUUCCUUCUUCUCACUCCAGAAAUUAGCAACCAGAUGUCCAGAUCAGCCAACGGUUAUGUAAAUCAUUGAAGGUUUCUUGACAUACUGAGUAACAACGUGAUGGAAUUACAGAGAAGCCCAAAAAGAAACUUAUAAUACUAAUUUUAAUGUAUGGUUACAUAUAGAAGUACUAAAAUAGUAAUCCUCCAUCGAGGUGAUUGAUUUCUCAUGAGGUGUUAAAUAAAGAAAAAAGAAUUAUAGUAGUAGCCACUCGCCUGCUUCUAUAUGUAUUCUUUAUCAUAUGAUUAUAAAUUCUUUUUAAAUGA